UGCAAAGCCACCCCCACCCCGCCACAUUGCUUCUUCUUCCUUACCAUCGCAGUAAACAAUUUGAAAAUUGCAUUUAUACGCGACUGAGUUUGCGAAUCAUUCGGCAAAUUGCACAACAAAAGAAGUGCUAAAUUGAGAGGUUGCGGCGAGCACAGCAAGUACUUGUGGAUGCACAAACUCAGAGCGAAAAAAGACAAACAGAGAGCGGCAAACAAAACAACUUUUUUUCCAAUUGGAAGAGUGCCAAAAAAAACGGAGAGCGACAUAAAAAGUGAACAUUUGAACCGCAUUACGAGGCAGAAAAGUGAAUUGAACAGCUGGCGGAUCAGGUGCGUGGCUAAAACGAAUCAUUUGCUGUUAAAUCGGCCCUAAGCAAACACAUAAGGUGAGAAUCUGCCCAAAAGCGCAAGCGGCCAAAACAACAACAAUAACAAAAGCAAGCCGCCAUAAACCGGCAACAGCUGAAAGUUACUGCUUACGUAAGCCGCUCGCAAUUACAAAUUACAAGCAGUUAGGCAAUUGGAUCAGCAGCCAAAAUGUCGCAGGUAUCAACCCUCAUCGAUGUGGACAAGCCACUCUUCGAUCUCAGCACCUUCGCUGGGCGCUUCCAGUACUUCGCCUGGAUGACGGACCCCCGCACCGUAGUCGUAUCCAGCGAUCGCCUGCUGGAAGCCAAAGCAAUGGUUGAACGCUACCGGAAAGGUGACCAAUCCCCGCCGCUGAAGCCGGAGGAGGUGCACUACAACAUGAAGCUGUACAACUCAGCCUUUCAUCCGGAUACCGGCGAGCUGCAGAACUUUUGCGGCCGCAUGAGUUUUCAGGUACCCGGAGGCAUGUUGAUCACCGGUGGCAUGCUGGCCUUCUAUCGCACCGUGCCCGCCGUGGUGCUCUGGCAGUUCAUCAACCAGUCCUUCAAUGCGGUUGUUAACUACACGAAUCGCAAUGCCAACUCGCCAACUAGCGUUACGCAGCUGGGCGUGGCCUAUGUAUCCGCCACGACAUCGGCUCUGGUAGCUGCUAUUGGAUGCAAGAACUAUUGGUCAAAGAAAGCGACUCCGCUGUUCCAAAGAUUUGUGCCCUUCGCAGCUGUGGCGGCAGCCAACUUCGUGAACAUUCCGCUGAUGCGACAAAAUGAGAUAAUCAAUGGCAUAGAGGUGAAGAACGACGAUGGAGUGGUUGUGGGCCAGAGUAGAUUGGCAGCCAUCAAAGGAAUCGGUGAGGUGGUUGUGUCCAGGAUUGCGAUGGCGGCGCCCGGAAUGCUGGUGCUGCCAUUGAUAAUGGAGAGGCUGGAGAAACUGCCUGCCUACAGGCGCAUCAAGUGGAUUAAUGCUCCAUUCCAGACCCUUUUGGUUGGGUGCUUCCUUUGCUUCAUGGUGCCCACUGCCUGCGCCCUGUUCCCACAGCAGUGUUCCUUGGACACUUCGAUUAUGCGCACCUUCGAGCCCGAACUUUACGAGGACCUCGAGAAGAAAACUCAGGGCAAAGUGCCCAAGCGUGUCUACUUCAACAAGGGUCUGUAAGAUCGGCUCGACAAUAAUCCUGGAAUUGAGGGAAGACAAUUGUGUGUUAGUGGUAUCCGUUCUCGUCUCAUGUUUUAUGUAGCAUUUACUGUUUUAGAUUGCGCAACUUUGCAGUUGCAGUUGUUCCGUGUGUCAUGUGUCAAUUGUCGUAGUUGCUAAGCUAAAAGGAAUCUCAGCUGUUUUAAAAUGUAAAUCUCGGACCUGCUAGGUUUUUCUAAUUUGUUAAAUUGUAUGAUAAGUUAUCAUAUCUAGUGACAUCCACAUCCAAAAAAAUGUAUUUGCUCAUAAGAACCUUAGCAGGGCUAGCACAUAAUGGGUAUUAAUAUUCAAAUAUGUAUGUCCUAAAUCGUGUUCAUGUUAUACGUUAUUUUAAAACUGUAAUAAUUGACAAUUUAGAUAAUUUUUCAUUCUGAAACUAACUAAACUGAGCUGCUGAGCAGGAGAAUGCUUUUACAAGCCACUAAUAACUAACAAACCAAACUCGUUGUGUUUCGUAUUAGAACUAAUUCACUCAUUGUUUAAAAUAAAAGUGUAAAAACAGU